CCGCGGCGUCUGGCGCUGGGCACCGCGUUCCCGGGACGGUAUGGAGGCCAAGGCGGGAUACCUGCCGGCUGCCGGCGGCGAGUGUUCGGUGUCUGCAGAGGAGACCGAAAAAUGGAUGGAGGAGGCAAUGCAAAUGGUGAGGAGCCGCGGGUAGGAACUAUCUCCGGCCCUCGUCCGGACCGAGCGUGUGAGCACAUGUCCCGUGAGCGUCUUCUCGUCACCAUAAUCUCGCCGGCGCUCUCGUUCUCCGGCUAAACAGCUGGCUGCACUGUCAUGAAAUUUUCUUUAACUCGUUCUCACAUAGCUUUGGGAGAAGGAAGACCACAAAUAUAGAAAUCAUUUCUCUUUCAGCAGCAUGAAAUAAUGCGCCAAACUUACCCCAGUUCAGCUGCGGUUGGCACGUACGUGCUGCGCCCCCCGUAACUGUGGACAUACUCGAAAAUCCGCGAAGUCACCUUGUUUUGUAUUUUUGACCCCUUGAAUAUAUCCAGUAAAAGGAAGGAAGCCGAGGAUGUUACUGGUAGAGAGCCAAACAAGCCCUGGAAAAUAUUGAAGUUCCUGUUGGCUGCCUUAUGGUCUACAACAAUGAAGUUGUGGGGAAGGGAAGAAAUGAAGUUAAUCAAACCAAAAAUGCUACAAGACAUGCGGAAAUGGUGGCCAUUGACCAGGCCCUUGAUUGGUGUCAUCGAAGUGGCAAGAGUCCUUCCGAAGUAUUUGAGCGCACUGUGUUGUAUGUCACCGUGGAGCCCUGUAUUAUGUGUGCAGCUGCUCUCCGCCUGAUGAAAAUCCCGCUGGUUGUAUAUGGCUGUCAGAAUGAACGAUUUGGUGGUUGUGGCUCUGUUCUAAAUAUUGCCUCUGCUGAUUUACCAAAUACUGGGAGACCAUUUCAGUGUGUUCCUGGAUUUCGGGCUGAGGAAGCAGUGGAAAUGUUAAAGACCUUCUACAAACAAGAAAAUCCAAAUGCACCAAAAUCAAAAGUUCGGAAAAAGGAAUGUCAAAAAUCUUGAAUUUGUUCUGAUGGAAGCCUAAUGCCCCUGGAUGAAAUUUUUGGAGUGAAAUCUGUUGAUAUUAUUGAAUUGUAUGUUUAUAUAUUAUCCUUAACUCAUGGGAAAAUGGUUUCUCAUCAUUCGCUCUGUUAAGGGAACAAAUUGGCACUUUUUAAAAGUCUGACAAUUGUAAACAAUGAUUAGCUUUUUUAAAAGCUGAAAGAACAUUUUAAGAAGAGGAAAAUUAAUGAUUGACUUUUUAGACAUUAGUAAACAUGAUGCUCUGCCUGCCAGCAUCAUUAUGCCGAGUCCAGGGAAGUGCUGACUUUCAGAGAAUGGCACGCAGACCCAGUUACCUGGUGUGUGUCUGGACUGGUGUGUGCCACACUGGGCACCUGCUCCAGGCCUAGCAUUUUGGAAUUGGAUUCUUUCUAUGCAGCCACUAUGAUCUCCCAGGGUGUUCUGGCCCAUGAUUUCCUUAGAAUUUGUCUAUGAGUUGUGUACAUAUAGACCAUGAUUAUAUGGUCCUUAGAAGAGAUUUUUUUUUGUUUUUAUAAAGCAUUUAGAGAAAAUG